GCAGCCGAUGCAGAGGAGGAGAACGAUGAUGCCGAGCCGCGGCAGCCUGCAGAGAAGAGAAUCCGCAACAGGUCAGAUCUCCAUCGAGAGUAUGCUGGAUUUUCACGUAGCGAACUGUGCCAUGAGUUUCUGCUAGAUGACAAUCUGCAGAAAAGAAUACGCCUACUGGUGGAUGUCACGGAACCCCUGCACCGAGAAUUUGUCACUCACCUUGAUGAACACAAGGCAGGCGCUGAUGGAAUGUUGAAAUGGCAUGCACAAAGAUCGACAGGUGCGUUUGUCAAUCAAACCAUUUGCGAGACAUUGACUCUACUCAGCCAGGACUUCAUGUGUGACAGGUUGGGAUUGCAGCCGGCCCGCGCAGAGCCGUUGCCACGGGAAGCAUGCGCCGAUGACCUGAUUUUGGUGCAAGACUUCUAUGAGUUGGCAGUGGAACUCGCCUCGAACAGAGCAUGGAGCCAAGCCUUCUACCAGAAUUGCUUGCCUUUCAAGCUUAGCCAGCUCUUCCUGCCGGAUGAUCGGCUGGGCCCACUGGCAGAGGAGCUAAGUCAAAUGGCUACCAAGCUGAUUGAACUAGAAGCUGCCGUGGUGCAAUUUCCUGCUGACAGCAAGCUACAGCUCUUGGUCAAUGAUAUCGGGACACUGUCGUGGCCUUUCGUGCGUGAGAUCAUCCAAACUGGAGAGCACUGUAAUUGGGAUGUCAGGGACAGGGACCUCCGCGAGUUAGCGUUUCAAAUGGCCCGCGGGCCGGGGGAAACCAAAUCUUCCUUAGAAAAUACGUUUGGAUUCCUGCAGGACACAGCCCAAAGGCAGUCGAAAGCCCUCCGCAUGAGCCCAUUCAGCCGCCACAGCUAUGCGGUCGCCAGUCCAUUUCCAGAUGCAGGCGGUUCUGCCCAGAUCAGACCGUGCCGGGAAGACCUACUUGCCUUCGACCCGGCCCAAGCAAAGGAGUAUCUCAUGGACAACAGCCCCUACAAGGCCGUGUCAUUGAUUCCGACGGAAAGUAUCAGCCCCGACAAGAUCGCUAAAUGCUGGCGAAAAGCGGGGUAUCAUGCAAACCGAGAUGCGUCGGCAGGCAUGGCGAUGCUGCUGCAAGCCCCAAGCCUGCCCAUGUUGCGGGCGGAUUUGCCCAGAAGCUGGUGUGGCGCGCUGCUGGCGCGUGGCGUGGUGUUCCAGGACGUGGAGCAAGACCAGUACAUCCUCUCGCUGGGGUACAAGAAGUGGGCCACACUGGCCCUGGACAUCCAACCUACCGUCUAUUUCUUCAUGGAUUUUGCCCCCCAGACCACACAGCCUCGCUGGAUUUUCAACUUCGAGUGCGGCGAGAGCUCGCGAUUCCGUUGUGUGCCUACGUCCGUCCAGUGCCCCGCGACAUGCCCAGGCUAUGCGCAGAUGUGCCCCCUCAAACAAUCCGGCGUCACACAGCCACUGGUGCAGGCGGCACUGCAAAGACGCCAGUGGUUCACGCGUCAAGAGAUUCAGCUCAUGAUGGCUGCCGACAAAGUUGAACAUCCUGCCAGAGGAUCAGGGUCAGGAAAACGGGGCGCCAUCCUGAAGAUUGACCUCCUGCGUGCCUUGGUCCAACAUCAUCUCCCAGACUGGUCAGAACAGCAGAAAGAGGAAAUCUGUAAAGGAAUGUGCCAAGAGAGGAAGCAAACGGAGGGCGUUUCCCAGUCAGUGCUGGAGGCCGUCGCCCAACUGGAUGAGGAAAACAGAAAACACUUCAAAGAAGUGAAGCGAGAUGCCAAAGAGAAACUAGCUCAGCUGGAAAAAGACAAGCAGAUCAAAGAGAAAUUGAGGGACACACCGGCCCCCCCUGCGGCAGACAAGAACGACAAACCACCAGCUCGAGAGUCUCCGGAGCCACCUGCUGUACCAGAACCUGUGGAGCCUGCCCCCGAAGUACCGCCUGCUGGCCCAGCAAUGCCCGCGGCUCCGGACCCAGCAAUGCCUGCAGAUCCUGCUUCGCUGCCCCACGCUGCUGGUCCAAUGGCCGUGCUCCCUGAUGCUGUGGCACCGAUCAAUGCUUGCAUUGUGGUGUUCGCGUUCGCGGAGGAAACUUACCACCGUUGCUACAAGGACAGUGAGCACUACAAUUCAGAAUAUCGUGCGUACCCCGGCAGUGCUGCUAUGCAGGACUUAGGACCGUUGGGCCUGACAGGACGUUGGUUGGCUCUUCAAGGGACCCAGCCGAAGCCUGCAGUCGAGGCAUCGGAGAAGCCUCUGCUGCAGCGAAGCCAGUGCAUGGAUGCAGAGGAUGUGGAGACCGAGGAGGAUGUGGACAUGGACAACAAGACGGUUUUUUACGAGCGCGAUGAGCAGGCCUCCUUGGUGGAAUCUGCAAAGGAGUGUGAAGCUUCCAAGAUGGAAGCUGAUGAGGCUUCCGUGAUGGAGGCUGGGGCUCAGGACGGGUUCAUCGAGAUGGAGCUUCAUGUGGAGCAUGCAAAGGAGUGUGAAGCCUCCUUGAUGGAAGCUGAUGAGGAUGGCAAGGCUUCCUUCAUGGAGGCUGGGGCCCACGAGGAGGGGUUCACCGACAUGGAGCUUCAGGUGGACCAUGCAGAGGAGUGUGAAGCCUCCUUGAUGGAAGCUGGUGAGGAUGGCAAGGCUUCGGAGGCUGGGGCCCACGAGGAGGGGUUCACCGAGAUGGAGCUUCAGGAGGACCAUGCAGAGGAGUGUGAAGCAUCCUUGAUGGAAGCUGGGGAGGUCCAGGAGGAGAAGGCUACCGAGAUGGAUUUUCCCGAGGGCAAUGCAGAGGCUAUGGGAAAGGAUGGCGACGCUGUUACCAUGGAUGAUCCGUGUCGCAAGAUUCUUACAAUCCAGCAAGUCCGAAACAACAGGAGCAGCAUGGAUCAAAAGAAGCCCCAUGAGUAUGUGGCCGUGGACAAGCCAGAUGGAUGGGACCAGUUGGCUGCAUGUCAUGAGCCCCCAGCUCCCAAGAAAAAAGGCCGAAAGCCAAAGGCUGAGGAAGCUGCACCGAAGGCUGCUGGGAAGCCUGAUGAGGCAGACGAGAAUCCGAAGGCGGCAGCAGCAAAGGUGAAAGCAAAGGGCAAGGCUAAGAGCAAGGCCUCUAAGGCUGCAGCUGCUGAGGCCGAUGGGGCCAAGACUGGUCGUGGCUGUGCAGCUGGAGAAAAGAAGGCCAAUUCCAAGCCUAAGGGAAAGGCUCAGGAGGCAGAUGGGGCUGAGAAGCGAGAGCCCAAAGCGAAGGCAAAGCCCAAGUCCAAGGUGAAGCGUGCUGAGGAGGCAGAUGGAGCUGAGAAGCGAGAGCCCAGAGGGAAGGCAAAAACCAAGUCCAAAGUGAAGCCUGCUAAGGCAGAUGGGGCUGGGAAGCAAGAGCCGAAAGCCGAGGUGAAAGCCAAGUCCAAGGUGAAGCCUGCGCAGCAGGCAGAUGGGGCUGCAAAGGCCCAACCUGCCAAGGAGGGGGAAGCUGAGGCCAAGAGAAAAAAAGGGCAGCCCCUGGAUGAUCCGGUGGCCGAGGAGGCGCGGCAGAGGAAGAGCCGAAAAAGUGGAGCCUAUCAUUGGGCCCUUCAAGAAGCUCGGUGCCGUGAUCUGGAUGAGGAGGAAUGCAAGGAGCUGGCUCGUCAA